AUGGGAACCAAGAUGAAUCUUCGAGACUGCAUGACAUACGUUAAUACUGAUCAAAAAAAUGGCUUAUUGCAGAAGUUGCGUGAAUGCGCUUACGCCCUUACAGUUAAUGCUUUCAACCAAAAAAUAGAUAUUCUAUUACAAUGUAGCCCAGUGGUAGUUGGCAAUUUUUUGAAAGAUUUGGAGCCUCAACAUUGGUCCAAUGCAUACUUCAGGGGACGUAGGUGUGGCGAGAUGUGGUCUAAUGCUGCCGAGUCUUUCAACAGUUGGAUACGAGAAGUUCAUCACCUUCCCAUUACUCAGCUGGUCGACGCGGUUAGGGGUAAGAUCAUGGAACAAAGGUCAAAGCGUAAAGUGAAAUCCAUGGAGUGGGUGGGUGAGAUCUGCCCCAAAAUGGAAAAGAUUUUAGUUGUUGUGUACGAAGAUAGUAGGUCAUGGCUGGUUAGUCAGUCGGAUGACAAUGUGUUCGAGGUUCGUUCACAUCCAUUAGUAUUAGUCGACAUUGGCAACCGUUCAUGUUCCUGUUUCCAGUGGCAGCUAAAUAGGUUUCCGUGUUCACACGCUGUUGUUGCUUUCAGAAAUAGUGGAAAAAACAUUUACAACGCCAUAGAAUCGUUUUACCACAUUGACAAGUAUAAGGCAGCGUAUGGGGGUUCCAUCCACCCAAUUCCAACUGUGGGGAAACCAAAUUUUAGGGUAGCAGACUAUCUCAUUACGCCACUGUAG